AAACAAUUUUCUAUACUGUGAAUGGCAAAUGCCAGUCAGCUGUUUCAUGAAUAUUAUUUUUUGCCGGCUCGUGUAAAUCAUAAAUUGCAUUUGCAAUUAUUUUAAUUGAUGUACAACUCGGCUAAGCAGCUACAGCGUGUGCUCACCGCACGCGAGAUACGCAAAGCGUUCAUAGACUAUUUUACGAUUAAUCAUGAGCACAAAUUUGUGCGCUCCAGUCCGGUGGUGCCGUUCUGUGAUCCCACUGUUGCCUUCGUCAAUGCAGGCAUGAAUCAGUUCAAAUCAGUAUUUCUGGGCAAUUCGGAGGCGCCUCACAAGCGUGUGGUCAACUCGCAGAAAUGUGUGCGCGUUGGUGGCAAGCACAACGAUUUGACUGUGGUGGGUCAAGAUGGUUACCAUCACACGUUCUUCGAGAUGCUGGGCAAUUGGUCAUUUGGAGAUUACUUCAAGCAUGAGGCUUGUGCCAUGGCUCUGGAGCUGUUGCGUGGUCCCUACAACAUAGAUCCAGCGCGCAUGUAUGUUACAUACUUUGCGGGCGACAAGCUGCUUGGUAUACCCGCCGAUCUGGAGUGCUUUGAGAUCUGGCGUAGUUUGGGUUUUCCUGCUUCGCGAAUUUUGCCUUUUGGCUGCGAGGACAACUUUUGGGAAAUGGGCGCCACAGGUCCCUGUGGUCCCUGCACAGAAAUUCACAUCGAUCACAGGCCUGGUGACGUAGAGCAGCGUGCCAAGCUAGUAAAUGCCGGUCGACCCGAUCUUACAGAACUGUGGAAUCUGGUGUUUAUACAGUACAAUCGCAAUGCAGAUGGCAGCAUUAGCCCUUUACCGGCUCAUCACGUGGACACGGGCAUGGGCUUCGAACGUCUCACUGCGCUGCUGCAAAACAAGUCUUCCAACUAUGACACGGAUCUCUUUACACCGCUCUUCGAUGGCAUUCACAGCAUCACCAAGGCACCGCUUUAUACGGGCAGCUUUCCAGACGCGCAUGAUGCAGCUCUUUUGGACACUAGCUAUAGAAUAUUGGCAGAUCACGCACGCAUGAUCACCGUUUGCCUGGCCGACGGCAUGCUGCCCGAUCAAAACCAAAAGCUGCGACGUGUGCUGCGUAAAGCGUUAAGCAUAUCGGAGCAAGUGUUUGCGCAUGAACAGCUGCUGGCCCAGCUGGUGCCCAUUGUGGUAGAAACCUUAGGCGAAGCAUAUCCGGAACUGUGCAGCAAGCAGCAGGCAAUAGUGGAGUUGAUUGCCCAUGAGCGGGAUGUGUACAAACAACUGCGUGCCAGUUCUUCCAAGGCCUUUGCCGAGGUGCUCAGUGAAUUUCCCAAGCUGGACGACAUUGAUCUAAUGGAAUGUCCCGGCUUUGUGCCCGCAUAUCGCGAGUUGCAGGUGCAGCGCUCGAGCUUCACCAACAACACCAUACCCGGCGAGUUUCUUUAUAAACUCACAGACACCUACGGGCUGAAUGAGGAAAGCUUUCUCAAGCUUGCUGAAUUAGAAAAUAUGAACUGUGAUCUAGAACGCUACCGCGCCGAACUUGCGCUCGCCAAGCUGCGCACAAAGCAGCCUCAGCGCACGCAAAGCUCUGGCUACGAUUUCGCGCUGGAGCAACGCAUAGUCGAUGCACAAGCACAGCUGACGCAGCGUCUGUCACCUACGGAUAAUAGCUACAAAUAUGUCUACAGCUACGAGCCAGAGAGUGAAUCCUAUGCGCUGCCCACAGUACAGAGUCGCGUGCUUGGUCUGCUUCAUAACGAUGAGGAAGUGUCGCAUAUGCUAGGUAGCCGCUUCUGUAAUGCCAACGAUACGCUGUCUAUUGUCACCGAAGCCAGUAAUUUCUAUUACGAAUCUGGUGGCCAGCAGUCAGAUCUAGGACAGCUAAUCAUCCGCAACAAGCAGCAGCCGGGCCAGCCCCAUCGACUGGACGUAGUUUGCGUCAAGCACCUAAACAAUUGUGUUGUGCAUGUCUGCCGUCUUGUAACGCCCACUGACGACUUUGAGCUUGCUGUAGGCGAUGAACUGGAGUUGCAGGUGGAUCCCAAGCAACGCCAACUCAACACUUGCCAUCACACAGCCACACAUCUGUUAAAUGCUGCCAUACGCACACUCUUCAAGAAGGUUACCUAUCAGGUGUCCAGUUCGGUUAGCAACGACCAGUGUAAACUAGAGCUUGGAUUGCUUGGCAAGCGCAUCGAUAAAAUAGACGUUGAACACAUUGAGGACCUUAUCAACCGUGCUAUCUGCUCGGGGACCCCCGUGCAGGUGCUGGAGCUGAGUGCCGCUGAAGUGCUCCAGCAAAAUGAUAUAACCAUGGUGCCAGGCGAGGUGUAUCCAGAGCAAGGACUGCGUUUAAUAAAUGUGCAAUGCCAGGAGCUGGGCCUUAGCUCCAAAGAACUUUGUUGCGGCACUCAUGUGACCAAUACUAAGGAACUCAGCUGCUUUUGCAUUGUCAAUCUCAGGCAAACGAAUCGCGCGCGCUUUGCCUUUACCGCUGUUGCUGGCGAGGCUGCAGAGAAGGUGUUGAAGACAGCGGCGCUGCUGCGACAUCGCGUGGAUCUGCUGGAGCAGCAAUUUCGCACAGACAAGCUGACGAAUGCCACGGAAACGGAAUUGCAGACUAUACGCCAUAACAUGCUGCACUCUGAUAUCAAGCUGCCAUUUGCCUUUAAGCUGGACACAUUGGAGCGCAUCAAUGAGUUGCUGCGUCGCCUCAAGGAAACUUCGCGCACCACGCUCAAAGAGUUUGUGGAGGUUGAGAUGCGCACUUUGCUGCUGGAGAAACCGCUUGACACACAUCCCUUUAUACUGCAUUAUAUAAGCAGCUCCGCCUUGCUGGAGGAGAUACCGCUGCAACGUGCCACCAAACUCUGCACAGAUCGUCCCAUACUUGUGGUUAGCAUGUGCGAUAAUGUUCUCAAGGCACGCUGCUGUGUGCCAGAGCACUGCAUCAGCGCCAACUUUAAUGCUCAGCUCUGGCUGCAAUGCUUUGCUGACACAUUUGGUGGCCAGGUUGCAGCGCCCAAGGGUCAGAAUGUCGCUGUAGUGUGCAACAUGCGUGGCCGCAAGGUGAACAACCAGUUUGAGGAGCAGCUGGAGCAGGCGAUGCGGCAAGCGAAUGCCUAUGCCAAGCAACAUUUGCAGUUCUAAGUGUUAGUUACUCUAAGUGCUUAAGGUGUGUGAAAAUAUAUUGCCGAAUACUAAGUUGUACAUUAUGCAAAUAUAUCUAAUCAGUCUACGAA